AUGGCGUCGUGGGCGGACCUCCCGCCGGAGCUCCUAGACCUCGUUGUCGCCGGCCUACCUAACCCCGCCGACCGUGCCCGCUCCCGCGCCGUGUGCCGUUCAUGGCACUCCGCCGUGCGACGGCAUGGCCCCCAGGCAGCCCAGCUACCAUGGACGGUCUUCACUGAUGGCGAAGUCGUCACACCCAUCAACGGUCCCUCGGAACACUCCACCUUCAUCCCCAAGAAUUCACAUCUCUCCGGCUCCGCCGACGAGUGGCUACUCUUCGGCGUCUACCACCGGACCCCCAAACUCAUCAACAACUAUGUUCUACACAAUAUAUUCUCCGGAGAGCGUGUUUCUCUGACCGAGUUGGAUGCCACCCUCCACUGCGCUUACCGCGUCAGCAAGUUCCGGAUGCAGUCUACCGCCCACGACUUCAUGGCAGUCAUCACCACCAACAAGAACCAUCCGCUCAUCGUGAUCCUGCCAGGAAAGAGUGUGUGGCUGCCAGAACCACGGGCAGUUCCAUAUGUUUAUAUCGUUGACAUUGCCUUUUGUGGACACAAGCUCUAUGGCAUCAGCAAGGCGGAAGACCUCAUCCCCUUUGACCUAGGGCUAGAUGAAGAGGGAAGGCCCGUGGUCACCAUUGCAAGACGUGUAAUUCAACGACCACUUGAUUACGAUAGUUGGGAUGAUGAUUAUAGCGACAGUGAUGAUGAUGAUGGUGAUGGUGAUGACGACAACAGCGAAGAAGGCGAUGAUGAUGAAGGCGAUGAUGACGAGGAUGAGGAAGAGGUAGAUAUUGAUGUGGUUGCAAAUGAUGAGGACGAGGGCGAGCAGAAGAUGGAGGAGGAACAGGCCGCGGUAGACAAAGAAUACACUUGCUGGCACCUAGUCCAGUCACACGGGAAGCUGCUCAUGGUGAAGCCACACAUCCAUAUCUUUCCAGACUAUUCCUCAUCCAUUCGCCAGGUUGAUGUUUUCAUAGCCGAUGUUAAGACACGCAAAUGGGUGCCCAUGGCUAAUGGGCUCGGUGGCGACCGAGCACUAUUCAUCGGCCAACACUUCUCCAAGUUUGUUUCUGCACCUUGUGGAGAUAUCAAGGAGGAUGCCAUCUAUUUUCUCGAGUCGGGUGAGGUGUUCAAUAUGAAAACUCAGAGUGCUAACCCGGCGAGGUUUUACGAGCCUGACUACCUGGGAUCGAAUGUCAUGUGGCUCUUCCCCCCGGAGUUGGUGCUUUAA